GCUGAGGCGUGCCGGCCCAAGUGUCCUGGUCGCCAGCGGCGCCAGCCCGAGCCCGCGCUGACGUCUCGUCUCCAGCGGCUCUGGGUGGCGGCGAGUUCCCCAAAGCGCGCGCGCUGCGGGGAGGCACAAGCCACCCCCAACCGCCACGGGCCGCCGCGACUCGACGCCCGCCGUGCAUCGCGGCUCCGCACCAGGCGAGAUUCUCGAUACUCGCCAUCCUGCGCAGAGCAUCCUGGCCGCUACGGCUCUCGCGUGCCUGCUCCCGCCCGCCCAUGCGCCCCCGGUAGCCCGCCACCAUGUCCCGCCCCAGCGCAGACGCCGCGUCGAUGCUGUCGUACACGGGCUCGACCAGAGGCCCCGGGCGCGGCUUCACCUUCUCGCUCGACAACUUCGCCAACCGCGACUUCAUCGUCAAGGACUUCGUCGAGGCCCUCUCCGACAGCGCCACCCCGGCCUCGCGCAAGUCGGCGCCCGGCGGCAGCCAGACGCACUUCGACCCCAAGCCGCUGAUCCGCGCCUUCGAGCACGCCCUGGGCCGCCUCAACAGCCUGUCCGAGGACCUCGAGGAGCGCGAGAACGAGCUCUCGGGCGCCGUGCGCCGCGCCGAGGCCCAGCACGGCGCCAACGCAGAGUCGCUGGGCCGGAAGCUCAACCAGGCCGUCGACCGCUUCGCCCGCCUCGACAACUCGCUCAACGGCAGCGGCGGCGACGACGCCUACGCCGACGCCGGCGGAAAUGUCGCCGUGCGCAUUGGCGAGAGGCUCGAGGAGCUGGACCGCCAGCUCAAGCGCUCCAACGACGCCAAGUUCCUGAUCCUCUGCUGGCAAGAGGUCAGCCAGCGCGGCACCCUGGAGACGCUCGAGGACGUGAAGCGCCGCAACGACAUCGUCGAGUGUGCCCGCAUAGCGCGCCAGCUGCUGAAGAUCAGCUCCCGCCUCGACCCAGACAGCACCCAGGGCGUCAACGGGAGCGCCGCAAACGGCGUCAAGAGGCGGCCAGGGCCGUCCAAGUACCCCACCAAAGAGAUCAUCGAGAAGUUUCUGGAGAACCUCGAGCAGGAUCUCCUGGCCAAGUUCGACGACUGCUUGAGACGCGCCAACUACGAAGGCAUGCGCGAGUGCGCAAUCACGCUCAAGGACUUCAACGACGGCUCCAGCGUCAUCGCCACAUACGUCAACCAGCAUUCCUUCUUCAUCGACCGGACUCAGCUGGUCACGGACGAGCUGGCCGAAGACACGGAGACAUGGGACCGCCUUCAGGAUCCAGACGCAGAGCCGCCUGGUGUGGAACCCAGCCUGCAGUCGCUGAUUGAUGAAGUCAAGAUUGUCGUGCAGGACGAGUCGGCCAUCAUCAAGCGAGCCUUUCCCUACUACGAGGAGGUCCUCAUCAGGUUCCUGCAGAGGAUCUUCCAGCAGUCCAUCCAACAACGGCUGGAGAUGGUGCUCGAGAAGGCGAAUGAGCUGUCGUCAUUGGCCUUCCUGCGCCAGCUGCAGGCUUCGAGGAGCUACAUCACCACGUUGGUAGACGACCUCAAGGCACACGGCCUGACCGAGGCGCCCGAGCCCGUGACGUCGCAGAUCGCUGCAACGUUAGACCAACAGUUGGAAGAGCUUUUCGUGCCCUACUUUGUUGGGUCAUCCUAUAUCGAAAGAGAAAAGAGGAAUCUGGAAGAGCUCUACUCCUCUCUGCUUCUCAAAUUCACCUCAUACCACGAACAGCGGCGGAGAAUGCCGACAUCGUACUUUGGCUCACUCGCCCAGCGAGGCAAAGAGUUUGCCGCCUCCGCGCGUGACGCAUACAUGGAGCGUCUCGACAGCGCAGAUCUGCCCACCACGCAGAAAGCCAUGUUGCUCAGGAUCGCCGGUCUCAAGGAAGACCAGAGCGACAAGAAGAACAUCGAGACCACAGAAGAAGACGGGAAGCUGUCGAUACCAGCCGCGAAGCGUAUGCUCAAGUGGCUCGCCGAGGGUGUGGGGCGAGGUUUGGAGCUCUCACCCACAAACGACACACCAAAGGACGUGCAGAAUCUGCACAACCUCCUGCUCACCCACGUGGGCGAGUACUACCUCGAAACCGCUCUUGAUGCCGCCUCCGACCACGCCGUCUCCCAAGAAAACAUGAAAACCCCGCCAGAUCUCACCCACCUCCCCUCCAUCCAAACCCUCACCAUAAUCCUGCACCUCCUCCAAACCACCAUCCGCACCAUCCUCCUCCCCCUCGCCACGCCCAACCUGACCAUCCGCCGCGAAAUUGAGAAAUCCGCAACAGCCACGAUGAACACCCUCGAAUCCAAGCUCUCCAACGUCCUCAACAUCACGCUGACGGCGACGCUCAACUGGGUCGCAAAGUGCCUCGCGCAGCAGAAGAAGACGGAUUUCCGGCCAAAGGACGACAUGGAUCUCAUGGCGGCGAGUUCCGAGACGCCCGCGUGCCAGGCGGUGUGCCAGUUCCUGACGCGCGUCGCGACACAAGCCACCGGCGCCCUCACAGGCCGCAAUCUCUCGCUAUUCCUGUCCGAGCUCGCGCUCGGCCUGCGCUCCCUCGUGCUCGGCCACCUGCUCAAAUUCACAGUCUCCCAGUUCGGCGGCAUCACCGUGUCCAAGGAUAUGACGCGGUACGCGGAUCUGAUCCGCACGUGGCCGACCGACCCCGAGGAUCUGGAGCCGGGCGCGAUGGAUGUGCUGGUUGAGGUCGGGCAGCUGUUCAUCAUCAAGGGGGAUGCGCUGAAGUAUAAGCUUAGUCUUGCGGGGGCGGAGAAGGGCGAGUUGAAGAAGUAUAUUCGGCAAAGGGAGGACGGGGGGAGUGUCGAGGUUGUGGCGGCGUUGGGAUCAUAGUCGGAUGGUACAAAGGUGGAGAAGGAGGGGGAGAUGGGACCCACGCGUGCGUUGGAGAUUUGUGUGCAUGCGAAAGGUAUACCACAAUACAUCAUGUACAUGCGCUACGUCCUCUGUCGCCUAGCUUUCUUGACUGUUUUUCGACCGGGACUGUACAUCACCUCCGCCGCGCAACCUUUCACGGUUAAAUGACUAUGCGCUUGACCUUGCGGAAUGGCGUUUACCAUGGACUUAUCCAAUGCGCCCUGCCCUCUUAGACAGUACAUCUAGAGCAGCAUUAGCAGACUGUGAUUCGGGAUGUAAUCUAUCGGAUUUGUAGAUUUGCGUCUGUAGACUAAGCGGGUCCAUUAUUUCGCCUCCAGGAGC